AUGGAGCAGACAAUCAUCGUCAGGGAUGUCGAAAAGCCACUCUUCAACACCGAAGUGAAUGGCUCCAGGGGUGACGGAUACCAAAGCCCAACCCUGGUAGUUCCCCCCUGCGACCAUGAGCAAUCUCUUCUUCACAACCCUCCAGACCAUCAAUUACUGCCGAGACAAGAGCAAAACGUAUCCAAUGGAGGCCGAAAGUUUGCAAAUCCAGUUCCGUUGGGCCUGUGUGCCUUUGCACUGACAUCGUUCAUCUCAAACUCUACAAAUGUUUUUGUAACAGAUGCGCGAUCGACUGGCAUCACCAUUGCGCUGCCGCUGAUAUACGGCGGCUUGGUUCAGCUGAUCUCGGGAAUGUGGGAGAUGGCCAUCGGCAAUACCUUUGGAGCGACAUCCUUUUCCUCCUAUGGUGCCUACUGGAUUACCUUCGGUGUCAUGUCAAUGAUUGAGGGGACCACGGAAAAUGGUGACACUUGCCAAGCUGAGACACUUAUGGGGGUCUUCAUGAUGGCAUGGUUUAUCUUCACUACCUUGAUGCUUCUAGGCACGCUCAAGUCAAGUCUUGCUAUGUUCCUCUUGUUCUUCUUUCUGGACAUGAACUAUCUCCUUCUUGGCAUCGCUCAUCUGGCAUGUCACUCCGAGCUUCGGAAAGUGGGCGGAAUAUUUGGACUAUUAGCCGCUCUUGCUGCCUGGUGGAAUGCAUGUGCGGGUGUGCUGGAUAGCAGUAAUUCCUUUUUCACGGUGCCCUUGGGCCAUUUUCCAUGGUCCCCCGCGGCUCGAGUCCAUCGAGCCAAGGUCAAAGACGUUUGA